AUGGAGAACUACGACCGCUUGUUUGCUGAGACUGUACGGCACUUGUACCCCUCUACUUCCACGGGAACCCUUCCGGCUUACACGGACAAGAGCCAUAUCACCCGCGCCCAGCAGAGCCGGAUGACCGAAACCGGUGUCAUCCUCGUCGUUGGACAUAAAUUUGGCACUGGCUCGUCCCGCAAACAGGCCGCCACGGCGCUUAGAAACGCCGGGAUCUCACUGGUGAUUUCAGCCACUUUUGGCGAAAUCUGGAAAAGAAAUGGUCUUGGUGGCGAUGCUAGAUCCGGUCAACGUGGCAGAAGCUUCUUGGAUGUUGUAUGGUUGUGGCUCAAGGAGGGCAUUGUAGUUGGAUGGGAGCGCUGGAAGUAA